UCUCCCACCAAAAGGAAGGAUUCAGAAGCGAAAUCUCCAGGCGUUUCCUUCCUUCCCCUUAAUCCGGUUUGAUUAAUCCAGCCCCAACGGUAGGAGUGGCAAGCCUAUCUCCUCCCCCUUUUGUGGCCUUCCUGCCCAGAAAUCCUAACACAGGCAUCCCAGCUCGCCUUAAAUCAAAAGGAAGAGGAUUAAAAAAAUAAAAUAAAAUAAAUCAAGGGCUCUUUGAUUCCUCCCCUUCUUCUAGGAUCAAGCUUUUGUUCCCCCCAAAUAUCACCGCCUUCCCCUUCUAUUUGCAGGUUUCCUAUUGGGAAGCCGGGCGCAUUUAUUAUUUUUUGCACAGCCCACCCGGAACACCAUGAAUAUAUUCCGCUUUUUGGGAGACCUCUCUCACCUGCUGGCCAUCAUCAUCCUGCUCCUGAAGAUCUGGAAGACGCGGUCAUGUGCAGGGAUUUCGGGGAAGAGUCAAGCUCUCUUUGCCAUUGUCUUCACUACACGGUACCUAGACCUAGUUACCAACUACAUCUCGUUGUACAACACCUCCAUGAAGGUGGUUUAUAUUGCAUGCUCAUAUGCCACAGUAUGGAUGAUUUACAGCAAAUUCAAAGCCACCUAUGAUGGCAACCAUGACACCUUCCGGGUGGAGUUCCUGGUUAUCCCUACAGCAGUAUUAGCUUUCCUAGUGAACCAUGACUUCACUCCUCUAGAGAUCCUCUGGACCUUCUCCAUCUACCUGGAGUCAGUAGCUAUCCUGCCGCAACUCUUCAUGGUCAGUAAGACGGGUGAAGCAGAAACCAUCACAAGCCACUAUCUCUUUGCCCUGGGUGUCUACCGUGCCCUCUACCUGUUCAAUUGGAUUUGGCGCUACCAGUUUGAGAACUUCUUUGAUCUAAUUGCCAUUGUGGCUGGCUUGGUGCAAACCAUACUCUACUGUGAUUUCUUCUACCUCUACAUUACAAAAGUUCUAAAAGGCAAGAAGUUGAGUUUGCCUGCAUAAUCCAGAUUGAGAUCAUUGGGAGAGUCUUUGGCCAAGGAGGAUGAGGGACUCCUUUACAGGAAAUUAGACACAGAUUGACUUUUUGUACCAAGUUAAUCACUUGUUGGUCUCUUCAUGCGCCCUAAACUUAUCUGAGAGUGAUUUUGGGGGAAAAACACAAUGAAUGGUUCUUCUGCUUGAGAGACUGAUAUAGAUGAAGGUAAAGUAGGAUACAGCUUGGAUUCUAAACAGACAACAGCUACUCCUGGGUAAUAUGUAGUUUGUAGGCUUCUCAAAAACUUUUUUAAAAAUCAUUUUCCUCAAUUUCUAUAGUCUUGAUUUUCAUUUUGGUGAUGAACCAGCAAAGAUAGGAAAACAUCUUUGUUUCGUUUUUUGAAAGAUACUACUCUCUUACUUUGCACUCAAACUAUGAGUGUUGUACUAAGAAGAAAUUUGAAUUUCUCCUUUUGUGCGGGCCUAAUGCUAUGGAGCUGUCCAGAUAAAGAGGAGCACUCAAAAAUUUGGUCCGUUUCCUUUUAGGAAGGAGGUCUCAUUUUUUAAAAAUACGAUUGUCAUGAUAAGACUCCCUCCUUUAUUUUCUCCUUUACUCUUUCUUCAGAUUGUAUAUUGUUUGAUCAUUAAUUCAUCAUCCACUUUACAUAAAAAGGCAAACCUUCCCUGGUAAUUAGUGCCUUUGUGAAAAGGGAAGGGAAUUUAAAUAAAAAAUAUGUUUUCUUGGCUGUU